AUCCCCGACCCUCGCUGACCCCGGGAUAAAUUUAGGUACCAUGCCUGUCUGCUGAGAGCAAGGUUUGAUGAGCAUAAGGACGAAAAAGACAUGAUUAAAGCAACCAAGCUGUUGAUGGCCGCUGAAGAAGAAUUUUGGGAAAGGCAACAUCCUCAGCCGUACCUCUUUCCCGACUCUCCAGGUGGCACAAGCUAUGAGAGAUACGACUGCUUUAAGUCACCUGAAUGGAUCCUAGAAAUGUGGCAUCCAUCAGAGAAAGCGAUGUACCCAGAUUACUUUGCUAAGAGAGAACAAUGGAAGAAGCUGCGCCUGGAAAGUUGGGACAAGGAGGUUCAGCAGCUUCAGGAAGAAACCCCACCAGGAGGUCCCACCACAGAAGCUCUCCCUCCAGCACGUAAAGAGGGACAUCUGCCUCCUCUCUGGUGGCAAUACGUCACUAAACCUCGCAGGUUCCCAGUGUAAAAGCUCCUUUCUGAAAUGGCUGUGUAGUCCCACGGAACGGUCUGUGAGCUUUCUGCAGCCGGUCGGUUGCUUUACUGUACUAGCCAACCCAAUAAAGUCUAAUAUAAAACCAAACUGUGAA